CAGUAUACCUAUUUAUUUACUUACAUACAUUCAUCACAACACAAAUCAAAUUAUACUUUAUUAGCGUAGGUACCUAAUCGUGUGUUUUCCUGUUUAAUGUUGGACUUUGAUUAUUGUAAUAUAUGUUAAUACAUAAAGCAUUGCCCUUUGCCUAAUUUAUUAUCGCAUCGCAAAUAUUCAGUCACAAGUGCUGAGCAAUGUUAGUGUUUUGAAAGAGUGAAGUUAGAAAUUGUUUAUUUUGUUCGUUUUCAAUAGAUAGGUACUUACCUAAUACUUAAUAAUGGAAGAUAAUAAGAAGAUUGUUACUGAUGAACAGCUGAGAAAAUAUUUCCCAGAUUUACCAUCUGGGCCUUUAGACAAAUACAGGAAAAAAUCGUCUUUUGAUUGGCGACGAAUGAAACUUAUUUAUGAAAACUUAAACACUAUUAAUCUGAAACAUGAAAUUUGGACAUUUAUGGAGAACCAUCCACUUUUUAAACACAGUGAUACUACCCUGACGCUAGACGAGGAGCGACACAUUGCCAUCAAACGGAUGUAUGCUAUGUUUGAUAAAAACUUUAUGCCAUAUGAAAAGCUUCUAGAAGAUCCAAAGCUUUAUGCAGCAGAUACUGAAGCUCUGUUCAUGUUUGACAGCUCUCUAGCUGUCAAACUGUCAUUGACUUUCCGGAUGUUCUACAAUGCAAUCCAAGGGUCUGGCAGAACCCACCAUUUUGAAAUUCUAGAUGACUUGAUGGAGGGAAAGAUUGGAGGCUGUUUUGCCCUCACGGAAGUAUCUCACGGGUCCAAUGCCAAAGGAAUCAGGACCACCGCUACAUAUUUACCAGAGAAGAAACAGUUUGUUCUGCACACUCCAGACUUUGAAGCCGCCAAAUUUUGGGUUGGUUGUAUGGGAAAAUGUUCGACACACGCGCUCAUCUACGCUCGGCUCGUGUCGAAGGGCAAGGACCAUGGGUUGCACACGUUUGUAGUUCCUUUGAGAGACCCGAAGAACCUGAAGCCGUACCCUGGCGUGAUCGUCGGAGAUAUUGGAGAGAAGAUCGGCCUGAACGGAGUUGAUAACGGAUUCGUGAUCUUCAACAACUACCAUCUGCCCAAAGAGGUUGCAUUGGACAAACUUGGUGGUGUGGACGACAAUGGCGAUUAUAAAACGCCUUUCAAGGAUCCCAGCAAGAGAUUCGGUGCUUCCAUGGGAAUCUUGUCAGGCGGCCGUGUGCAUAUCACUGGUAUCACAUGCACGUACCUCCAGAAAGCUAUAGUGAUAGCAGUGAGGUAUUCCGCCGUGAGGAAGCAGUUCGGACCUGAAGGUUCUGAUGAGGAACUGCCGGUUUUGGAGUAUCAACAACAGCAAAUAAGGCUGCUGCCGUACCUGGCGUCCACAUACGCCAUGAAGAUAUUCUCCACUUGGCUUGCGGAGACGCAUAUAGGGAUGGUUAUCGGCAGCGUUAUGGGUGAAUCAGACCCGUCAUCAGCGAACCGCGGUAUAGAAAUACACGCGCUGUCGUCCGCCGUGAAGCCGGCGUUCGGCUGGGCCGCCAGGGACGGCAUCCAAAGCUGCAGGGAGGCCUGCGGGGGACACGGCUAUCUGAAAGCUGCAGGCAUCGGCGAUUUACGCAACGACAACGACGCAAACUGCACAUACGAAGGGGAGAACAGUCUCCUCCUUCAACAGGCCAGCAACUGGCUGCUAAACAUUUGGAGAAGAAGAAGAAACUUGAGUCGGGACGACGCGCCUCUCGGAUCGCUGGCGUUUUUGGAGAACGUCGACGGCUUGCUGGCGGAGAAGUGUCCGUGGACGAGCGCUGAGGAGCUCACUGAGCCCGCGAAUCUAAUCCACAUGUACAAAUGGCUGACAGCGUACGUCCUCAAGGUGACAGCCGAGAAGGUGGACUCACUGAAAAGUUCGGGCAAAGACAAUUUUGAAGCCAAGAACGAUUCCCAGUCUUAUAACGCUGUUACACUAUCCGUUGUUUACGGAGAGAAUUACGUUCUCAAUCACUUCUACAAGACUGUAGAUGCAUUCGAAGAUGCGUCGUGUAGGAAUGUCCUGUUGCGUCUGGUGGCCUUGUAUGGAGCUUUCUUAUUGGAGAGAAAUCUCGCUACGCUGUAUAUUGGAGGAUUCUUCGCCGGCGACCAAGGUCUCCAGCUGCGCGAUGGCAUACUGAAGUUGUGUCGAGAAAUCACUCCCGACGCGGUGGCGCUAGUGGACACCUUAGCUCCUCCUGAUUGGUGCUUGAAAUCUGUUCUCGGACAGUCUGACGGGGAGGCAUACAAACACAUCCAGAACCAAGUAAUGACGUACCCCGGGGCUCUGACCCGUCCGCAAUGGUGGCGGGACGUGGUCUAUUGGCGGUCGUACGUCCCUGCCAAAAUAUAAUAAUACUAAUUGCAACAAAAUCAUACAAUUUUGGCAAUGUUAGAACCUUAAAGAAACGAGUUCUAUGGCUUCUUGAAAGCCGACGAAUAUUGAAGUUGUUUCUAGGCAGCGGUGACCACUUACCAUCAGGUGAUACACUUGCUUGUUUGCCGCCCUAUUCCAUAAAAAAAAUACCAAAAUUGUGUGUUCUUAUAAACGAACAAACAGAAGUAAUAUGGCUAAAAAAAA